CUUCGUGGGAUUUCGCCAUUUGCCGCACCAUAAACAACAUACAUAGCCGCUCAAACAAAAGUGACUCUUCGUGGAGUGGUAAAAGUGAGAAAAAUCGGGAAAAAGUGUUAUUUUAUCAGGAAAUUCUUCCCAUGAAAGUGUUAUUAGUGUAGAAAUGGGUUGUUUCACGAGUAAAACCAGCCCCAAUCAUGAGCCCACAGCAGAUCGUGGCUGCACAGAUGUCUGCUGGCUCUGCAUUUAUGUCUUCUUCUGGAUUCUCAUGAUCAUCGUUGCCAUAUUCUCCUUUGUUUACGGGAACCCCAUACGUCUGAUCAAUGGAUACGAUUCCUUUGGGAACACCUGUGGUAUCCGCAACAACGAAAAGUUCAACGAGAUCCCGCUGUCGGGCAUGAAUACCGCCGAUAAGCCCUAUGUCUUCUUCCUGGACAUGAGGGAAUUGCGGCAGACACUGAAGAUUUGCGUCAACAAAUGCCCAUCCAGAAGCAUUGACACCAAAAAUGAUCUCUAUGAAGAGCAUCAGCGUCGCGGGAAUUCCCUCUGUCGCUAUGACUUCAACAUGUCACUUCUGCUGCAACCUGAACCCCGUGAUUCUCAAUACCACCAUCUCCUGGGACCCUGCCCUCCCCUUCCUGUCCACGAGACCACACCUGUACUCCAUAGGUGUGUCCCAACGGGCAAAAAUGCACCCGGGAAGCAAGUGCGUGAUGCCUACGAUCUGCUCAAUUCCUGGGGAACUGCUCAGCAAUUGCUCAGUGAUUUGUACACCACGUGGCCACUGAUUGUCAUGAUCUGCAUCCUGGCAUUGGUGUUAUCCAUCGUGAUGAUAGCAAUGCUUCAUUGGCUGACAAAGAUCGUUUCGUGGUUGAUUUGUCUGUUUGUCGCUUUGUCCAGCAUUGCUCUUACUGCCAUCCUCUGGUGGACGUACUAUAGCAUCAAACAUAAGCAAGAGAUUGAGUCAAAGUAUUCUUUGCUGGAGGAACUGCUCAAAAAUGAGACUGCCAUCUAUUCUCUGGCCAUUAUUGCCACUCUCGUCAUGAUCUUCCUCAUAAUGAUCAUUUACUUCAUGCGAACGCAAUUGGGAGGACUCUCGGCACUCUUCGAGGAGGCCGGCAAGUGCAUGCUUUCUCUUCCAGGUCUCGCUGGACCUCCACUCCUUGCCUUUGUUGCUCUCAGCAUUUUUCUGGCAUUCUGGGUACUUGUGGUUAUCUGUUUGGCUACAGCUAAUUACCCAGGAAAGAAUUCCCUUCUUCCUUUUGCUCAAUUGAUCUCUCACAACGAAAGUGGUGUGGCUAGUGUUGAGAAGAACUACACAUCACCGGAUUUCAAAACUUUCAAAGUGGUGGAGUACUUAGAUGCUGACUGGCUCAAGAGAAUGCUAUGGCUGUAUUUCAUUGGACUUAUUUGGACAAGUGAAUUCAUUUUUGCUUGCCAACAGCUCACUUUGGCUGGUGCCGUGGCUUUUUGGUACUUUGGGAAACACAAGGACAGCCCCGUUUUGCAGGCAAUGAGCAAGUUGGUCAAGUACCAUUUGGGAUCUGUGGCCAAGGGAGCUUUUCUCAUCACCAUCUUUAAGAUACCACGUCUUAUUCUCACGUAUCUCUACACAAAACUAAAACGUGGACAGGACGAUGGAUCUCAAUGUGCUGCCUGUUGCGUCAAAUGCUGCGUAUGUUGUUUCUGGGGCUUGGAAAAGUUCAUCAGAUACUUAAAUCACAAUGCUUACACUGUCAUUGCUAUCGAGAGGAUCAACUUCUGUCCAGCAGCUGGAAUUGCAUGGAAUGCCAUGAUGUCAAAUGCUCUUCAAGUGGCCACAAUCAAUGGAAUUGGUGAUUUUAUCCUAUUUUUGGGAAAACUGGCUGUAGCUGGUGUUUGUGCUUUGGUCAGUAUUCUGAUUCUCAAAGACAGUACUGAAGUGAAUUUCUACGUGGCUCCGGUCAUCUUUAUUUCUGUCUUUGCCUUCUUCAUUGCCCAUGUUGUUUUGUCGCUCUACGAAAUUGUCGUGGAUACUCUGUUUCUGUGCGUAUGUGAAGAUCGCACAAUCAAUGGACACAAUGGGCGCUGGAAGGAGAGCAAUUUGGCCAAGUUACUGGGUGAGGAGCCCAUUGAGCGUCAAGCUGUUGAAGAGAGAAUGCAAGCUACGGAGAUGACCCCCAUUACCAAGGAGCCAUUUAGUUCUCAUAACGCCUAAGAGCUUCUCCCAAUUGAGAUUUCUCAUGUCGUAAGUUUAAAAAAAAACGAAUUAUUGAUGUAAUUUAAUGUCCAAAAUGCAUUCCUCACAGUAUUCAAAAUCACCCUCCCUUAAAAUUUAUUCACAUUAUUGAUUGUUUCAUCCUGCAAUUCAUUCAUUUAUUUUGCAAUCAUCCCCAUAAACUAAAUAUUUAACUUAGUUGUUUAAGCUGUUAGAAGGCUAAAAGAAAAUAAUUGUCCAACGAUAUUGUAACCACAGCAGAUUAUUCCCUCGAAUCCAAUUUAUAUAUAUUUGAGAUUUUUACAAAAGAGAAAAAAAAACAGUUAACAGAGCUUCCAAAGUAACUAAAAGAACUGGGGUUCACAUUGAUUUCAACUGAACAAGAAAUAAUAUAAUAUUAUAAAAAUGUAUUUUUCUACAAAAAUAUCUAUACAAAAAAUAUUUAGAAGAUUCACUUUCGAAUCAGCACAAAGAAGCUUUACAAAUAAUUUUUGAUAAAAAAUGAAUCUGUGAUUCUUAUGACCAGACAGUUUUCCGAACCUCACAAUGGACACCAAGAGUUUUCAGGCGAUUAAAGCUACAGGAGAGAAAUUUCACUUUGCAAUAGGGUAAAUAUCCUAAUUCAAAACCAUUUCCAGACGCUUUAACUUUGACAGACAACACAUUAAGUUCAUAUUUUUUCUGAAGAGAAUUACAUAAAUUUGCUCCUUGACUCUUCUAGAAUGUUACUGUUUAGUGAAAAUUCUUUAGAUAUAAUUUGAAAACUUCUUAAAUACAAGAAAAACCCAAGUGCAAAAUGCUGCUAUUGGAAACAAAUUAAUCCAAAUGGAGACAAGGAAAGUUUCUAAUUGGAGACAAACAGAGAGACCGCGACGAAAGGCUCCCAAAACCUUGUUGAGUUGCUCCUGAGUACAGGAUUUGUUCUUAUUCCUGAUCUUUUCUCCUUUCCCAUCUGAGAUAAUAAGAAAAUCUCUCCAAAAAAAACAUAUUUCCGGUGUUUCCUAUUGAAACAUUUGCAGACACUUCAGAAAAACCCUUUUUCUUCACGAAAUAGGUAAUUAUUUCAUUUGAAAACCUCACGUACCGUUAACAAUAAAGAUUAGCACUUAAUUUAACUAAAAUUAGCCAAAAAUAUGACAUGAAUGUUAAACAAAACGAAUAAACAACAGUCACCUUAUUGUGUUUUUCAUUGGAAAACAUGGUCGAUCGAUAAAAAAUUCGAUAGUGAAAAGGUACACUUUUAAUUCUUCUGAGAAAUUAACAAAUUAAAAUUUGUGAAUAUGAAUGGAUUUUCGCUUUAUUUGGAGCAAAAUUAAUUAAAUAAUGAAACUGUCGUAUAGAAAAUAUAUAAAUAUACCAAUUUAGUACUGUAUUUAUCGUGAAAACAAUUACGUUUUUAUUUGGAGUAGCGAAAAAUUUCCAUUUGGAGCAGGUUUUGAAUUAGCUUAAUUUACCCUAGGUUGAAGAGGAAAUUUUUUCGAGGGGAAUUUUAGAAUUUUCUCUAUUUUCAGUGAUUUGUUCUCAUUUUUUUUUCACCAGAACAGCGCACUGCUUGUGUAACCUGGUAGAUGUGAUGAUCCUUAUAACACGCAUCUAACACUGCCUUAUGCCCUAGAAAAACUUACGACUUAAGCCAAGAGACGGCUUAAUGUAACUAUAAUCAAAAUAAUUAUCACAUUACAUUUCCAUCAGUUUCUGACUAAUCCGUCUCUCAGCUUAAGCCGAGAAACGGCUUGGUUAGUGAGAAACUGAUGAAAAUUAUUUAGCCAAAUCAUUAUUUUGAUUAUAAUUACGUUAAUCCGUCUCUCGGCUUAAAUCGUAAGUAUAUCCAGGGCAUUAUUCCUUUCUCAACGAUUCCCAAAUUAACCAAUUUGGUCUUUUUCAAAAUUUGCAGAAUUGCUUAUAAAAUCAAGUAUAAUUUUAGUUUCAUAUUUACUUGGAAUCGGGUUUAAUUUACCAGGAUUUUCAAGACCUUUCUAAUUAAUCCAAAGUUAAUCUGCAGUGCAAUAAGUUCCCCGAAAACUAUUUAAACUUUGACUAUUAUUAGAAAAAAUUGUUCAAACUUGCUUCCGUAUUUAGAUUAAAAACAGCCUAAAAUCGAAAGAAUAAGACGGUCUUCAGAUUUAAGGUUCUUUCCUAAUUUCUUACCAAGCAAGAUUUUUAGGAAGAAAAUUGAUAAAGGUUUGGAUAUUAAGAACUAAUCUCUCAAUAGAUCUUGAAAAAACCACAUAAAUUGCCGAUUAUUUCGAAUUUCGAGACCAUCAGGUUCUAGGCUUGAAAUCCAGUCUGAAACCCGUAAUAUUGUUAUAAAAGGUAAAAAAACACAAUAAAUUAAAGUCGAGGGAUGAUAGAAAAAUGAGGACCAUGUAAGUAAUACGAAAAUCAACGACUCAUGGGGCAGAUAGCUUAUUACAGGCCACAAAUCUAGGUUAUCUAGUAUCUUUUAACCAUUUAAGGACGAGAGGGUCAAAAAUUAAAGAUCAGAAAAAAAUCAUUUUUUCUGACUUUUUAGAACAAAACACUAAUUUAUAUGGCCAUAGGAAAAAUUUUAUUUUUGGGUCACAAAAAUAAAACUCAAUCGUCCUGAAAGGGUUACACUCUAUUAACGGUCAAAAUGACAAGAUUCUUUGGUAAUUCUUUAAUCCGCAAAUUAGAAAAUUAUCCCAUUGACUCUGGAUUUUUACAAUUUUUCGUAUUCAAGCGUAAGCAAUUUGCUUCAAUAUGGACAUAAAUUUCUCUAGUGUAGUAGUUCAUAAAGGCCAUAAGACGGCGAUGGACAUAUGAAAAGUCGAACAAAGAUCGUAAUGAAAAAUAUAUUGAAAUUGAAUAAAAUUUAAAGCCAUGUUAAACAAAUUAGCCCUUUAAGUUUUUGUUUAAAAUGAGAUGGCCAAGUGGCCUUAGCUUUGCGGAAUGCUCAAAUUUACAAAAAUAAUUCCCAUGAAUUAUCUUUUCGUACAUUUUUUCUGUCCAUUACUCUUCAAUAUCGAUUUAAACUGAUUUAUAAAUUAUCAAAAAACCAUCCUAAAAUUAGAAAUUGGUGAGGAAAUGCCAUUUUUUUUAAUGAUUUGACUACAUGAUGUAAACUUAAUGCAAUCUUAAUCCUUGAGAAAAAAUAAUUUAAAAGUCCUACCUCCAUAUUUGACAUUGGUAAAAUCAUCCGAUGUUGAAAAUUUCGAUAUCGAUCAUAGGAUUGUGUAUACGAAAGAUACGAAAUGUUCACCUGGAUAUUUCCAAAUCACUUAAUCUUGUUUUUGAGAAUACUAAAAAUAAAACAUACCUAGUUCUGAAGGGGAAGGCAGGAAUAAGAGGAAAAAUACGUUUCUGGAUAAUAUUUUUUAGGGGGUCACCGAAGACCAGAAGUUAAUAUCUAAUACUGUUUGACCACAAAUAGUGUCAGUUUGGAUCACUGCGCGGCGUUUGCAAAGAAUGUAGACACAAAAUAAAAGCAGUUAGCACAGUUACUGAUCCAACCAACGACGAUUGUAUACCACUAAUUUUCAAGUUGAAACAGUAAAGAUCAUGAUAUUAAAAAAUCGAUGGCUUAUUUUAGGGUAAGGGCAGAAUCACAUUGACAGUAAAAUGCUCACCGUCACCGUCAAAGCCCUCACCGUAUUUCGUUGAUUUACGCAUUUUCAUUGCAAUUCUUACGCAAAUUCUCAAUUAUCGUGUUACAUUAUCUCAUACUCGGUGGCCCUAGGUGAAAAUAGUAUAAGAAAAUUGAAUAAAUAAAGCGAAAAUGUGAUAAACGGUGAGCAAAAAAACUGUACGAAAAACGAUAGCAAAAAAAUCCUACAGUUUUUUUUUUGCUCACCGUUUAUCGCAUUUUCGCUUUAUUUAUUCAAUUUUCUUAUACUAUUUUCACCUAGUACCACCGAGUAUAAGACAAGGUAAUAUCGUAAUGGAAAAUUUGCGUAAGAAUUGCAAUGAAAAUGCGUAAAUCAACGAAAUACGGUGAGGGCUUUGACGGUGACGGUGAGCAUUUUACUGUCAAUGUGAUUCUGCCCUAAGUGUACCAAAUUUCGGCAUAGUUGCAUAUAAGCACCGAAGUCCUAAGUUUGAAAUGCAAUAUUUUUAAUUCAUAUUGAUAUUUUUUGUUACUUCCUUUUCGGGAAGGUUGUGUGGAACCUUAAAAACUAAUUUAUCAUCUUUGUUUUCGUUAAAUCACUUCCUAUAAUUUUAAAAAAUAAUAAAAAUAUGGACAUUGCUUUGGGUAGUAUUCCGGCCACUUUGAGUGAAAUACCGGCCACCUUUUUUCUGACCACCUUUUGUGACGCAACGGAUAAAAAUUUCAAAACGUCAAACGGAACGAGUUUAAUAUUUAGUUUAAUACGUUUGUAUGACCCACAAAUCCUGAGAUCUUCCGUGUUAUUUGUCCUGAAGACCUGAAGAGUAGCAUCUCAAAUUUACGUGCAGAUUCCCGUACCAUUUGCCCUUCCUGAACUCUUCCAAGGCCUUUUCCACAUCACACUCAAAGUGGCCGAAAUUAGAAUCUGGCCGAAAUUUGGCACACUUUCCCUAUACUGUUCUCUCUGUGGAGUUCGUGAAAUUUAAAUUUGUAAAAAAGGGUAAAUCUGGAAAGGCGGACACUUAAGAAUUUUUGUAUGUAGUAGCCACAUUUCAUAGUCCUACUUUCAGAGUCCGACUUUCAGUUUUUGAUUUUCAGCACUGUCCGACUUUUAGCAAAUUACAAAUUUUAGCAAGUCCAGUAAAAAAUUCACAACAAUAAGGUUUUUAAUAUUUCAUUUAAGUAUUUGAGACUUUUUAUAAAGCUAUACAAAAAAAUAUUUUUAACAUUAAAAAUGUAAUGGAUCAUAUUAUUUUCGAUUAUGUGCUCAUUGAAAUCAUUUUCCAAAAUCCCUAAAAUUCAAUUUUUUGAGGCAGUAAAUUUGAAAUGUAUAAUGAGCAGUUGACGUCUAAAAAGCCCGAGAAAUUGGCGUCAACAAUUUUUUCAUAAUUACGGCGUUUCUAUAGAUUGUAUAUUUUAAGACCAUCCGACUGGUCUUGGACAACUAGGCUCAGAAGAGUCCUUUGUGUUCGGCUUUUCUGGAACUUAUUAAAGAGAAAUCUACGAGAAUGCAAAUUUUCUAUAUACAUUAAGCCAUUUCGCGUGGUUUUUCUCGAUCCCGAAAAUAUACAUAAUCUGGGGACCCCGGUAUGUUCUAUUAUAGGUCAUUGCGAUCAUUGCAUAAGUUCGUGCCAGAACAAGGAUAAAUUUCAACAGUUAAAUUUUCAAAUAACUAAUAACUAUCAGGUUAAGGAUCUUAAAGGAGACAUACGGUGAAACAAUGGAAAAGUUAAAAGCUAUGCGGACAGUUUGUCCAUAUACGAAAAUACCAUAUAAUCAUUCCUAAUAACGGUUUUUCAAGGUCAAAGGUUAAAACGGGUCUAAAGAGCGCAUUUAUUAACCGAUUUGGGUCAUAUUUGGGUUCGUUGGAAAGGUCUUGGAAUUUCCUAUAAAACUGAACUGGUUCCUAUCGAUUUUGAACUGGUUCAUAACCGAUAACUAUUUUUUUAUCGAAAUUCAAUUGUAUUAGUCCUUCCUAAGUUGGGCUAUAUUUUCAGUGAUUUAUAAAUCCGUUGUGAACCGGUUCUGAAGUAAUUACCGGUUAUUAACUAACUAAUAACUAUAUUUUUAUCCGAUAUUUAAUUAUAUUACCCCUAAGGUGUAUUUUGGGCAAUAUUUUGAUUGAUUUAUGAAUCGGUUUAAAUCGGUUGCAAACCGCUACUGAACCAAUAAAUAAUUUUUGUCUGAAAAUCAGUUCUAUUACUCCUAAAACUAUUUUGGAAUAUCUUUUGAGUGAUUCAUGAUUCGGUUCAAAUAUGCUGAAAAGUACUUUUGAGGUAUAGCUACUAAGUCACGAAUUCGAGUAUUUAGCAAAGCCUGGGACGCUUUGCCACGUCUUUUUAUAGAAAUUGUAAGACGGCGGCAGACGUCACCACAAAACAGAAUUUUGGGCUAAUAAAAAUCUUAUCUUAAAUAAAAAUUACAAAAAAAUAUAAUUUCCUUCCAUUUCAUUCCAAACAUAAGAAUCACAGCCAUAAAAAUAAUAAUAAAAAGUUGAGAUCAUUGUACGAACCCUUCAUUCAAGAGGACUUCAAUUUUAAUAGAACGUGCUUCAAAGUAACUUUUUGGCUGAAAUACUUAAAAGAAAAAAUACAAAACGAAUGAUCAAAAAUUUUAUUACUUACAAAGAUGUUGCACAUUUUUAAUAUUGUUAGAAAAGUAAAAAUAUUUACUCAAUGUUGAGGCAAUGAUGAGAAUAUUUGUAAACUUUUUGUCAUAAAAUGUAUACACAUUUUAAUAAAAUGAAGUAAACUUAAAAAAA